AUAGUUGAAUCAAUAUUUGUCAAAUAAAUUUAUCAUCUGUUUAAAUGUAGAAACAAAAAAAAUUCAACAUUAAUAAUUGCAACGAUAAUACCUUCAUUCAUAUUUUUUGAAAUUUUUUAUUUUCGAUUUUGUUCCUUCACCUUGAUUUAAAAAAAAUAAAAAUGGAUCCUGUAAAUAUGUGGAAAACAUCAUCAACAUCGACAACAACUUGCAAUGAAAAUGGUAGCGUACAAGAAAAAGCUACAAGUAGUUCAUCAGAUUCACAGAUAAAUUGCUCAUCAUCUACACCACCUGGACCUGAUUCAAAUAAAUUAAAAGCUAUACUUGAACGCACAAAUUAUCCACAUCAAGUAACGGCUGGUCAACGAAAAUAUGGUGGUCCACCGCCCGAAAUGCCUGAUACAACACCACCGAUUGGUUCAGAAAUAUUUGUCGGUCGCAUACCAAAAGAUGUGUAUGAAGAUGAAUUGAUUCCAUUAUUUGAAAAGAUUGGAAAACUAUGGGAUCUACGUUUAAUGAUCGAUCCACUUUCAUCACAAUCACGUGGUUAUGCAUUCAUUACUUAUUGUAACAGAGAAGAUGCACAGAAAGCUGUACAAGAACUCAAUGGACACAAGAUACGUUCGAAAGGCUAUCCACUUAAAGUAAACAUAUCAGUGCCAAAUUUGAGGCUCUUCAUCGGAAAUAUUCCCAAAGCAAUGGGCAAAGAACAGAUAUUCAACGAAUUCAAUAAAGUCACUGAGGGAUUGACUGAAGUAAUAAUUUAUAGUUUGCCGGAUGAUCGAAAGAAAAAUCGUGGUUUUUGUUUUCUCGAAUUCGAUAGCCACAAAAAUGCAUCGGCUGCUAAACGUAAAUUAACGACGACUGGAAUGAAAAUAUUCAAAAGUGACAUUCUGGUUGAUUGGGCUGAUCCCCAAGAAGAACCGGAUGAAGAGACAAUGUCAAAAGUUAAAGUACUUUAUGUUCGAAAUUUAUCAAGUGAUGUUAGCGAAAAUGAACUGAAAGAAUUAUUCGAAGAAUAUGGUCCUGUUGAAAGAGUUAAAAAAAUCAAAGAUUAUGCAUUUGUACAUUUCGAAGAUCGUACACAAGCAUUGAAUGCAAUGAAUAAUUUAAAUGAUAAAGACUUUUGUGGCACAAACAUCGAAAUUUCAUUGGCUAAACCACCAUCAGAUCGUAAAAAGAAGGAAGAAGUUCUCCGUAAUCGUGAAAGAAGAAUGAUAAUGAUGAUGCAACAGAAACAAUUAAUGAUGACUUAUCCACGAGUGCCUCAAUCACAAAUUCGUCCACCGAUUUCAUCCAUUCCUCCAUUAGCUGCAACACCAAUUUUACCGAUGAGUAGAAACGUUCGAAAUCGUUUUCCUCAGCCUUUUAAUCCGAUGUUACCAGUAACAUUCAAUAGACAAAAUCCGAAUGCCUGGAAUCCUCUUAUGUUUUAUGAUCCAUCGGAUUGGUGGUACGGAGCAUCAAACCGUCCCGGACCUCAUCAUCAAUUUAAUUUUCCAUGUUCGAAUGUUCCACCGAAUGCGGCUGCAGCUGCAGCAGCAGCGGCAGCAGCUACACAAUGGAAUGCAUAUGGUCUAACAAACGGCGGACAGGUGCCUCCAACAAUGUCACCAUAUUGUCCGACAAAUGCUAAUGGACCGCAGAACACUAAUCGCCGUAGCACUAAUGGUACGGCUGGUCCAAAUGGACAAGCAGCAGCAGCAGCUGCUGCUGCUGCUGCCAUGAUGAAUGCAGCCGCAACCGGAACGGUUUUGGCUACAUCCAAUAAUGGCAGCCAUUCAAUGUCCAAUCCAUCAAAUCGUAAAUGGAGAGGAAAGUCAAAUCAAAAUAAUACAACAUUGAUAAACAGCAAUAAUAUUAAUAAGAGACAAUAAUUUUUAAUUAUUGAAAACAACAUAAUGUUCAACAAACAUCAACAACAAUCAUUAUGCCUGAGAUACUC